CCGACAUUAUGCGGGCCGCUUCGGUGCGAUACAUACCGCAAGGGCUGACAGUGCCCGCACUCAUGUACGCCGACAUCAUUGCAUUUGUGACCGAAAAACUACCAUGGUGCGCUGAACAGCUCCGGGCUAUACCCACAACACCGGUCGACAUUAGACACGCACAGGUGUCGCUGUUUGUCGGCGAAGUUAACGGCUUUAAUAUUAUGGCCAAACGAGUGGCAGCCCUGAGGGCCGGGCGGGACAUCAAGAUCACGGGAUCUGAAGCCGAACUGAUGGCCAAAUAUAAACAGUUGGAGAAAAAGAUAUUGUAUUUGUUGGAUCACGUGAUCAAAGUGGCCAGACAUCCCUUCUGGAGUAUAUUCCACGUACAAAUCAAAGAGUUUUGGCUGAAGGAGUUCCCGAAACUGGAGGCGGCUCUCAAUGAAUUGCCUGCCGUGAUACCAAAAACGGACGAUCCGUUUGACUUUGGGGAGAAGCCCACCGAAUAUGAUGUGACGGAACAUGUAAUUAGUUUAUUAAAGCCAAUCGCAGAUAUGAUGCGUGAGGCAGAAGCCGAGUACUACCGGACACAAGGGCUUACAGUUCCCAUAUUAUUCUACGAAGAUCUAAUAAGGUGGGCCGAAGAAAUACUACCAUGGGCUAGAGAUCUACUACUGGCUAUUGAACCGGAACCUAUUCGGCAUGUUAUUGUAACGCAUUUUGUCUCACCAGCG